AUGGGUCGCAAGGUGGGUCCAACAGCCGCUACGAGCGACCCUGGAAACAACAACUCCACUCCGCAAGAGGACCCAGCAAAGGAUUCAGCAAAGGAGCCAGCAGAGGAGUCUAUUCAAAUUCCUGAAAUCGAGUUGAUGGCCGCUGUCUCAAAGGACCCCGUUCUACUCCUCAUCUUCGACGGCAUCAAGAAGUGUAUCCGCAACACGCGCAUUGCAACUUACCUCAGACUGAACUUUGCAAAACUCACUGCCAUUCGUGAUUUGAAAGAAUCUGAUAUGGCCAUUGGAGAUCUUUUGUUGGCGUUGCAAAGUCUCGAGAUCGACACCACGAAGUCCACGUUCACUGCAACAGAUGGAUUUGCCCAAAAGGCCAACAAGGCUGGCCGCGCGCUAGCCAAACUUUACCCAAACGUGGCCAAGCGUGCGGCAUGCGUACUGCUGCAGCUCAUAUCCGAGUCUGACGUCCAGAUCCCGGCGGUUUAUCAUCAGAGCAGGGUGGACGACUUGUGUGCCGUCUGGUACGCCAUCAACUCUGACAGAUACUACCAAAGCAAUGAGACUGUGGCUUCUUGCAUCGACUACGGAUUCCGAGUCCUCGUUGUCACACACCUACACCUAGUCGGCGGCACUCCUUCCCACUUCGAAGUCUUGCAGAGACCCAAGCACAUGAGAUACCAGCAAUUCCUCGGCCUUCUUCCCGAUUUUCUAAGCGUCGCUAGAUGCAAAAAGUCAGCUCGUCUGGGUUACUCCAUCAAAACUCCCACUACUGGCCCUUGGAAGUACCAAUACGCCUCAAGCCUGAACGCCCUCGAUCCCAAGCAUUGGGAGGUUCUGAACGAAGCAUCUUACAACAUCAUCAAGAGUGACACCGAGAAAUUGGUUUUCCUGAUCCACGCUGACGACGAAGCUAUGCCAUUGCGCAUUGCUGCGAAGGUGCAGAGCUGCCCCAAGUACUGGAAUACCUGGUCUGGUUCAAUCACCCACAUCACCACUCGCGAGGGACCGGUCACGAUGCCUCAUACUAACUUCCUCCCUGCCCCUCUGGCAGGUGCCGCGAUCGCUCAUGCCCCUGUUCCCACCACCGCUGGGCCUCCUGUCGAGCUCUUGCUGCCUUCUCGCCCAGGAUCGAAGCGCAGCCGCUCUAAGGAUGGACAGCAGGGAAGCAAGAGAGCAAGAGUCGAGUAUUGA